AUUUGUGGAUAAGGCUUUAUCCCCGGCCCCGUAGGCACAAUAGCAAACACAAUCAAGAAUCUUGAAAAUAAAAAUUGGAACUUUACACAACACUAUACUCUCUCCCUCUCUCCCUCUCUCUCUCUCUGCAGAGAUUAAUUGGUUGAGCUAAUCGGUAGUUAUGGAGGUGGGGAUGUCUUUGAAUCAACUGGUGAGACUGCCCUUAUCGUCAAAAAAUGGUGGAAGAAGAACGCACGAAGAUUAUUCUCUCAUCAGACACUCUCUCUUCUCCACUAAGACAACAACAUCAGCUGCCCGGAAAUCAAUAUUCGGGCAGAAUCAAGGCAAGUCUGUUCUUGUAGUUGAAGCAAAGGGCAAGAAAGGAAUGGCCGAAAGACAGUACCAGAGGAAAGCCCCUCCUCCUCUCCCCAAACUCGAUGAUGACGGCAACCCCAAAUUCGUUAUCUUCAUUCGUAUGGCUAACGUAUACCUAUGGUACCCAUUGAACAUAGUGACAGGUGGCACUACGGCGAAAAUCAUGCUUGCUGCAAAGGACAACUUUCUUGGCAAAUAUAUCUACAAAGAUACUCUAGCUAGAAAUCUUGCAUCUGUUAUAUACAGGGACGAAAAGGAGAUACAGAAGAUGGCCGUGAAAACGUUUCGUGUACUGCGGUCCGCUACGGAGUUCCGAUACGGCUACAAGAUUGUCGAAAACAACAAUGUAAGGGCUGCUCUAGCUGCAAAUGAUGUUAUCGAGCUUCCGACACAGGAUAAGCUGAAAACAGUUGUCGAUAAAGUGAAGGACUUCUUCGGAGAUGCCAAAGAAUCUUUUGGGAAGAUGACAUUCUUGAACGCCGAACCAGAAUCUUCAGACGAAGACUCCAAACAAGAUUCCAACGAAAAAUCCACGGUGAAAAGCUGAAGCUGAAGAAAGAAAUAAGCUGGACAAGGAUAAAGAAUUUUACGAGCCGAGGACAAUAUAAUUUACAACCUGUCAAGAAAAUCGCGUUUUUCAGUUUUGUACACUAAACAUUUGUUCAUAGUUUCUUACCAUCAUCAACAACGAUUUCGUUUUUAUUGCAUCCUUUUCCUAUUUUUUUCA